AUUGUUAACUCACGCGCUUCACACAAGAGAAAGUACGGUGGCGAGGACGUGCGUAGGCCACAAUCCAAGACAAAAAGGCCAUAUAUUCAAUUUUCAUUUCCGCUAAGUGUGGACUUUGCUGAGCACAAAGCAUGGUUGUCACUAAAUUGUGCUCCUGUGGAGAUUGUAAUAGACCUGUGGAAGAAAACGUCGACAGAACGUCUACAAGAGAUUAGGGAUUCGCCUGAGAAUAUCCUGAAAACCUGGCCAAGGUACAAUGACCCAUGCGGAUAUUUAUUGAUUGACGUCGAUUUUUCAAAUCUUCACCCCGGUAAAGAGAAUCAACUUCUUGACGGAUAUGACGCAUUCAUCGACAAAGUCCUGAGCAUUUAUGAAAGCGACAUUAAAGAUAAAGCGAGCUGCGAGUUCCUAAAAUUCAUAAAUUCUCACUCAAGCAUAAGUCGUGAUGAAAAGGAUUGCGGUGUACUCUUGCUGCUUUGUGCAAUUCUAACUCCAGUUAAAAUAAAGAAGACGCACAAGCCAUCUAUUCUUGAUGCACAAAAGGAACUGGCGCUGUUUGUAACAUGCCCGAGUGACAUCUCCAGGAAGAUUGCUGUAAUGCGGAGUGAGUACCAAGAGCAAAAAUUGUCCAUACAGCCGAAAUUGAUAAUUGUUGGCGAAUAUGAUACAACAAAGCUUCAGGUCGACGAAAUAUUUGUAUAUUUCGACGAAGUCAAAUACAAGAUGGGCAGUAUACGAAAAGCAGUUGACACAAUAAUAAAAUUGUGUUUUGUUUUCAACAUUGAGUACUCAAAGAUCACUAGACAGAUAUGGAGGUUCCUUCAGGAAUAUUUUUAUCAAAUUGAUUCACCUGAGACUUCACCGGCAAUCCGUAAUUUGUGUAACAAAUUGGCAUAAAAUGCCUUUUUCUUGCUUCGAAUGUGAACUAGAAAAGUAGACAUAGAGUUUUUUAUAUCACACGUAAAAACACACAAUUUUCCCUUUAAUUUCAAUUACUCUUGUAAAAAUUGUAAUCAAACUUUAAAUAACUGGGUUCGUUUUAAGAAGCACUUAAAGAAACAUGUCAUUCAGAGCCAAAAUUAUAACUUAUUAAGUUCCAAUGAAGAUAAUGUAUCAAGCAUAAAUGAAAGUAAUCUUUUAAGCGAAAUUAGUUAUGUUUCACAAAAUGAUGUACGUACUUGGUACUUGACCUAUUGUAAAUAAAAUUCCGAAUGCUGUGAAUUUUGAUGAAAGCAUUACCAAUUUUCAUAACUCCACACUCAAUUUUACUUUGGAAUUGCAUAAAAAUCCGAGAUUUAGUAGAAAAGAUGUCUUAGAAAUACAUAAGUCAGUUCUAAGUAUUAAGUUAAUAUUUAAGUAUUAAGUUAAUAAUGUAUUUACAUGUAAAAAAGGAAGAAAAAAGAAUAAAUUAAAUAUAUAUUAUUGAAAUUAAAAAUAAUGUAUUUUAAUUCGAAACAUUCAAUUCCUAAAUAUAUAAAAUAUAAUAUCAAAAACACUGUGCGUAGUAAAAUUUAAAAUGAUUGCGAUCGAAUUCACUGUGUUUGCCUUCUUAUCCUGUGCAUAGUAGUUUCAAAAAUGCAAAAGUUUUGAAACUACAUUAUCCGUUAUAGGCGCGUUUUCAAAAGCUAACAUAGUAGUUUCAAAAAUGCAAUAGCUUUUGAAGUAACAAUAUGCAUUAUAGGCGCGUAUUCAAAAGCUAACGUAGUAGUAUCUAAUGGAAUUUUGUAUGGG